GGCGUUGCUAUGGAGACGGCGGCGGGGCCAGUCGCCAUGGACGCGGCGGCGCCGCCGGGCGGUGGGCGGCACGCGCUGCUGGCCGUGAUCGGGGAGAUCGGGACGGAGCCGGAGCGGGGCGCGCUGCGCGGCGCCCUGGAGCGCGGAAUUCGUUCCUGGGACAUUAAUACUCUAUACUGUGAUCUGAAUCAUCAACUGCGGCUUUUUGUAAAUCGACAUCUGGCUCAAUUUUCUUCUGAAGUCAAAGGCCAAAGAACUCUCCAUCACCGGAGUGACACCCUGGACACGGUGAUCCUGGUAAAUCCUAAUGUGGACAGCAUUGUGUCUGAGGUCCGCUCACUUGUGUGUGAUUCAUCAGCCCACAAACUGCUGAUCCUCUGUGGUCAGAGCUCAGACCAGGAAGGAGACUUGGUCCUGCAAACAGGGACCUUCACUUACCAGAAGUUUGCCGAGAUACUUUCAGAUCCGGAGGUCACCCAGAUUCUCAGCAACUCUGAUUCAGACACCAAGGCCUCUCUUACUGUGUCGUGCCUGGGAGAAGGAGCCUGGAGCAACCUUGGGCAUCCUCGAUUUCAGGACAUUAUUAAUCUGAAACUGAAUCCUGAUCCAGUUCUACCAGAAAUGGAUGGGGUGUCUGAAUUUGCAGAAUAUGUCUCUGAGACAGUUGACGUGCCAUCUCCAUUUGAUCUCCUGGAGCCACCUACCUCAGGGGGUUUUCUGAAGCUUUCUAAGCCCUGCUGCUACAUAUUCCCUGGGGGAAGAGGUGAUUCUGCUCUCUUUGCUGUCAAUGGGUUUAACAUCCUUGUGGAUGGUGGCUCUGAGAGGAAAUCAUGUUUCUGGAAGCUGGUAAGGCACCUGGAUAGAAUUGACUCAAUCCUGCUCACCCACAUUGGUGCAGACAACUUGCCCGGCAUCAAUGGGUUGCUGCAGAGGAAAGUUGCUGAGCAAGAGGAAGAACAGUCCCAGGGCUCUACCAACUACAGUGACUGGAUGAAAAAUCUAAUUUCUCCGGAGCUAGGGGUGGUUUUUUUUAACGUUCCUGAAAAGCUGAAGAUGCCUGAAGCCUCCAUGAAAGUAAAGAGGAGCAUCGAAGAAGCAUGUAUGACGCUGCAGUAUCUCAACAGACUGGGCAUUAAAUCAGAGCCUCUCUACAGGGUGGUGAGCAGCACCAUUGAGCCCAUCACACUCUUCCACAAAAUGGGAGUGGGUAAGCUGGACAUGUAUAUACUGAACCCUGUCAAGGACAGUAAAGAAAUGCAGUUUCUAAUGCAGAAAUGGGCUGGCAAUAGUAAAGCAAAGACUGGCAUCAUUCUUGCAAGUGGGAAAGAAGGUGAAAUUUCUGUUCCCUAUCUCACAUCUAUCACAGCCCUAGUGGUAUGGCUACCAGCCAGCCCAACAGAGAAAAUUGUAAGGGUUUUGUUUCCUGGAAAUGCUCCUCAAAAUAAGAUAUUGGAAGGUCUUGAGAAACUCAAGCACCUUGAUUUUCUGAGGUAUCCAGUGGCUACUCAGAAAGAUAUUUCUUCUGGAAUACCUCCACCUGUGCUGAAGCAGACCAAAAUUAAACAAAGAACUGACAGUAAAGAGAGUCUUAAGUCUUCCCCCAAGCCAUCUGGGACAAAGCAAGUCAAGAAGGAAGAAGCAGUUGAGGAGGGGAUUAAGGAAGUAAAACCAGAAGUUGUAAAGGAUGCUAAAAUUGAAAAAAAGGUUAAGGAGCACACAGAGAAAGUUCCUGAGAAACCUGUUAAACAUGAAAAGAUAAAGACAGAAACAAGUGAUGCUCUCAAAGCUGAGAAAAGAAAAUUGGCAAAAGACAAGGCUGGAAAAAAGCAUCUCAAAGAGAAAGUAUCCAAAUUAGAGGAGAAGAAAGACAAAGAAAAGAAAGAGAUUAAGAAGGAGAAAAAGGACUCAAAAAAAGAUGACGGAAAGAAAGAUGAGAAAAAAGAUGCAAAGAAAGAUGAUAAAAAGAAAGAAAACAAACCAGAGCUCAAAAAAAUUUCUAAACCAGACUUGAAACCAUUUACCCCAGAAGUAAGAAAAACAUUGUACAAAGCAAAACUUCCAGGCAGACUCAAAACCGAGAAGAUCAAAGUAAAACCUGAAAAAGAAUCUGAAAAGGUACCUGCUGACUUUAAGACAUUACCAAUGGAGAAGGCACCUGUACAAGUGGAUUCAGGAGAGACAUCCAUAGUGGAACAGAGGUUAGUCCUGUCUUCACCAGAAGAUCUUACAAAGGACUUUGAGGAGCUGAAGCAUGAGGAGAGAGGGGCCUUGCAGUUGACUCAAGAACUGUCUGAUAUGGAGGUUAGUGAUAAGAUUAUGAGACCACCUGAAGCAGAGAUAAAAGACUCUGUUGAUAUGGCUGGUCAGAGUAACCUUGAAGUGGAUCUGAUUUUAAAAAGAAAGAUCCCUGACCAAGGAGAAACUACUACUGAUACGGAAAAAGAAUCAUCAGCAGAGGAAAUGGCAGUCCAUCAGUGGGAGCUGAGGGGAGAUACUGCUGAAAAAGUAGAGGAUGAAAGAAAAACAAUAGAUGAAAACCAUGACAUAAGAUACUGGGAGGGAAAAGCUGAGCAGGGCAAGGACAUUCAGGUGUUACCUGACAAAGAACACCUGCCAUCACACACAGACCUCUUGGCAAAGGGUGUUUGGCCACCAGUGUUCAGAGAGGAAGAAAAGGAGGAAGAGGAGAAAAUCUCUUUGGACAGAAAACAGAGGGAAGCAGAAACUUGUGAAAAGUAUAUUGAGGGGACAGAGAUACAGGAAGAGGGUGAGAAGGAAAAGAGUGAUGUGAUAGAAAAGGCAGAACUGGAAGAAAAGGAAGAACAGCACAUGAAAGCAGAGGAGAAAGUGGAGAAGAAUAGAGAAUUCUGUGGGCUGAAUCAGGAUGAUAGGGAGGACAAACUGUUUACCAUUACAGAGAAGGAAAGAGAAUUUAGUUUCAUGGAUGAAAAAACCAAGUUACUUGGAAAGGACAUAACAAAGGAAGAGUCGUAUCUGAGCAGCCUGCCAGUCCCACCGGGAGCAACAGCAGAACAUGUUUCUUAUAUCCAAGAUGAAACUAUCCCCGGCUACUCAGAAACAGAGCAGACUAUUUCUGAUGAAGAAAUACAUGAUGAACAGGAAGAGAGGAUCCCACACUUGAAGUAUGAUGUCAGUGCCUAUAAUAUUUCUGUUCCUGACCAUCCAGGCUCUUUUGAAGCAGUACGUGGAAUACAGGCCAUGCCUCCUGCUGACCUUUCAGCGAAGGGCUAUGCUGGGCAGGAGUCUGAAAUCCUGGCAUAUCCUACAAACAUUGUGGCAGCACCUCUAGCUGAAGAGGAACACAUAUCUUCUGCUACCUCCAUUACUGAAUGUGACAAGCUUUCAUCUUUUGCAACAUCAGUAGCAGAGGAUCAAUCUGUUGCAUCCAUAACAGCACCACAAACAGAAGAGACUGGGAAAAGUUCUUUACUUCUGGACACAGGAAACAGUAUGCCCUCUUCUAGGACUGAAGCAACCCAAGGUCUUGACUACGUUCCCUCUGCUGGCACAAUUUCUCCCACAUCAUCCUUGGAGGAAGACAAAUGCUUUAAAUCUCCACCCCCUGAAGAUUUCCAUGCAUUAGCAGAAGCAGAGAGGAAAGUGGAAACUCAAAAAAUGGACCUUCAUGAGGAGGCAGAAGAUGAAGAAGAUGAAGAAGAUGGGACUCCAAAUAUUGAGAUGCCUGAGAAACUCCAAGGGCAUUACAAUGCCCCCGUGUUUGCUCCUCAGGGAUGCCCUGACAAUGUGAUAAUCAGUGUUCCCACUGAGAUGAUGCCUUUAUCCACUGAAGAAACACCAUUUUCCCAGGCUGACUCUGCAGAGGCUGAAGAACGAUGCACGAGUCCUGAUGACAGCACAGUCAAAAUGGCCUCUCCCACUCCAUCUGGCCCCACCAGUGCAGGGCACACACCCUUCCACCAGUCUCCAGUGGAGGAAAAGCUUGAAACAGUAGAUUCGGAUCUAUUUGAAAAACAAACAGAUGCUGCUGCCAAGAAACUGGAAGGCCAGACUUCUGUUGUGGUGAAGGGAGACAAGGGUGAAUCUCUCAGAGAAGACAAGGCAUCUGUGGCUAAAUCCAGACAUGAAAGAGAAGUUCCUGGACCUGUGCAGCACAAACUGGUUUUGAGCAGUGAUGUUCCAGUAUCUCCUGAGGAGGAGGUACAGGAGCAACCAGUGAGGAGGGAGGAGCUGCCCUGGCUCUCUUACCACAAGCAGGACACGGUGGUGAUUGGGGAGGAUGACAAGCAUCCCAGCACAAAACACUUGUCCUUCGAGCCAUUUGCAGCCACAGGAACUUCUCUAGGAAAUGUGGAUCUUCCACAGUUCACAAGCCAAAGCAAAUCUAAAAAUGACAGAUCUUUGCAAUUGUCACCAGAUGGCAUCAAAUCACCUUCUUUUACAGAAGAAACGAUUGGUAAAGAGAAAUCCUCAGAUAUUUCUAAGAAAGUUACUACUGAAAAAGGAAAACAGUUAUAUUUCACAGGAGACACCUCAGAAGAAGAGAAAUCUCAUGCUUUUAUUGAAGAUAUUUCACCAGAAGAAACAAAAUCCAUUUCUCUCACUGAGAGUUCCAGCAGGAAAAUCUCUUCAGAUGUUUUUAUUAAAGGAAUUUCUCCAGGAGAUAUCAAAGCUCUUAGUUUCACAGAAGAGAUAUCUGCAAAAGAAAAAACUGUGUCCAGCUGCACUGACAAAUUCUCUUCAGAAGCUGUGAAAUCCAUGUGUUUCACAGAUCAGAGCCCAGUUACAUACGAAAAAUCACUGGAAAUUUCUGCCAAAGAACUGAAAGAAGCAUCAAGAUCUUUUCCUUGCCCAGAAAGUAGUUCAGUUAAAGACACAUCACCCAGAGAUUCUUCAACUGAAGAAAUGUCUCCAGAUGACAGCAGUUUAUUUUCUGCAUCAGAAAAGGGCCUGUUGAGGGGAAGAAAUGCAGGCAUGGAUUCUCAGGAAGUAUCUCCAGAUGCAAAGGGCUUACAUUUUACAGAAUCUAGCCCAAGUGAAGAUAAAACAUGUUCACAUGUUUCUCCUGAAGGCAUAAAAUCUUGCAGGUUCAAGGAAGCUCAAGGAAAAAAAUCUCCAGAAAUGGAAAAGCUUUUCAUGAAAGAUUUAAGUUAUGAGAAGAAAGUGUGGUUUCCAGAAGAGGUAGAAGAGGUCCCUGUUCAGGGAAGGUGGCAGAGGUAUGACAAAGAGAGGGAGAGUACAUUCUUGGAUGAGGUACCAGAAUUUGAAACAAAAUCCCUUCCUAAAUUGGGAAAGGAGGAGAACCUGUCUCCUGCCUUGCCUGGCAGCCAUACCUGGAGAGGAGCAGAAAGGGAAGCAUGGGGUUCUGCCUUUGGGUAUCUUCAGGAAGUGAGAGACAGUGGGAGAGGAGGGCAAUUACCCAAUGAGGAGGAUGAGGAGCUUCACCAUGCUGAAGACAAACCCAUGCUACUGCAAACAGAAACUGAAUGUUUAAAGAUGGAGUCAUUUGAUUACAAAGAAGACACACAGAAGGGUGCCAAACCUACAUCAGAAACAAAGAAAGUGGAUGUGAUUCCUGCUGACAUCACUGUCCCAGAAAGAGCACAAAGGGGAGGUUCUCCUUUAUCUCCUGAGUAUGUCCCUGGCGAGGAAAAUCAGGCCAAAGCUUUAACUGGAAACAAAAAAAGUCAAGAAUUGUUGUUGACCUCUAAACAAGAUUGCUCCUGCUUAGACGAGGAGGAGAAAGCUGUCCUAGAUAUCUAUGCAAAGUCAUUAGACCAAAUUCUGACAUCUCCCCUGUCUGCAGUGGGAAAGGAGAUAGAGGCACCACCAGGAGCAGAGAGGCCCUACAAGUUAGAUCAGUGCAAGCCACCUUUAUGGGAGGAUGUCCCAUCAAAGAUGUCUGAAAAGAAAUUAGAUAUCAGUGAUUUGUAUCAGGAAAUAGAUUGCAAAUACAAGUCAGGUAUCAGGCAAGAGGAUGACUGCAAAUCCACUGAGGGUCUGUAUGACUCUACAGGAAGAAAAGAGCAGACAGCAGCAGCAUCUACUCUGUUGCAAUCUACGAGAACAGCAGAAUUUAUUGCAGAGUCCACAGAAGGGAGUGCUGAGCUGUCAGGGCAGUGUGCACAUUCUCCUCCAGCAGAAAGCCCAUGUCAAAAAAGUAGUGAUGCUGUCAGCUGUGCUGGGGCUGUGGGUGCUACCAUCCGAGGGGUGUAUCCUCCAGAGACCUAUUCCAGGAGCUCCCCUGAGCCUUAUUCCUAUGAGGAAGGGGUCUGCACACAGAGAGAUGAUGACACUUCCACAAGACAGGAGCUAGAAGAAAGAGAACCAACUCCCUACCCCGAUGAAAGAAGUUUCAAGUAUGCUGACAUCUAUGAGAAGGUAAUUGUGUCUGGAGUGGGACCCUCCCCCUUCACAGCCAUGGGUGCACACAGCCCAGGUCACACUGACAAGGUGCCAGUGACAGCACUGAACUCUCAAAAAGGUAAAAAUUUUCAUGUGUCUGCAAAGGAAGAAGAGUCCUGCCUUUAUACCUCUGCUGAGAAGGAACUGUCAUCUCCAGCAUCCCCUAAGGAUAAAGCAGAUGCAGUCUUUGACUAUAGAGACAUCCAUGAAAGAUAUUUGCCCUUGUCUGAAACAGGGAAGCCUAGGACAUCAGAAGGACAGGAAAAACUGAAUGUGUCUUCUGCUUUGCCAGGAGAACUGGACUCUGCACUGCACCCAUCAUCUGCAAGUGCAGCAUUUGCCUCUCCCACCAUCACAACUGAUACCUUUUAUCAAGAAAAAUCAUCCACCUAUAUUGAUGCUGGUUGUCCAGAUGAGAAUAUAAUUUUGUCUAGCCAGGAGCAUGUAUCUUUGUCUGUGAAAUCUGAAAUCCCAAAUCCCAAGGAUGUCUACUAUGAGAAAGCAGGUCGAGGGGAAGAAAGUGCAAGUGACUCAGAACUAGAAAAAGGUGCUAAGGAGAAGUCUGAAAAAGAGUCUAAACUGCACAGCCCUGCUGAAGCUGCAAGUACUGUCUAUACACGCAUCUCAGCCAUCAGCAACUUCCCUGUCUCAGACCCCUUCCUGCAGAGCAAACGUCAGGAGUCCCUUUCACCCAGCUCUGCUGCCUCUUCUCCCUCUGGUCCAGGCUGGCAAAAGAAAUAUGAAAGUAGGACAACUGCAUCAGCUGCUGUUGUGGAGACAUAUGUUGCUGGUUACAGUGACAUGCCAGACACAGACAGAGAUGAGCAAACUUCAGAAAUGUGCCAUGAUUCUUCACAAAAUAUAGAGGUUGCUGAAAAAUCCACAAAGGAAUCCCAUUUCUGGGUAGCAGAUUAUCCAAGUGCAGCAGUGGCCUCCGAGUGCCAAGAGCAAGCCAUAUACCUGAAAUCUGCUUCCAGCAAACAAACAGAAGUAUACGAACAGGGCCCAAGGGUCAAGAGCAGAGGGAUGGAUAACUCUUCCACAUUUGAAACAGCCAGCGCAUUCAACAGACAUAAGCAAACCUCAGCAAGCCAUUUAGGGGAUAUUUCUCUUUCUUUAGAGUCUCCUUGUGCUUUGUUCUCAGACCAGGGAAACAAAGAUGAGUACUUGGAGGUUUCUGAGAAAAUCAGCAGCCUUGAUUCAUCUUUUCCUAAAUUCUCACUGCUGAGUCCAUUUGAAGAAGACAAGGUGUUCUCCAAAGGUGUGGAGAAAGAGUCUGUCACCCAGCAGCAGCUGAAAGAUGACUCUUCCAGCCUGUCAGAGGAACCUUCAUCUGACGCCACCACUCCUGUGAUACAGACUACAGCAGAAAGUUUCUAUUCCCAUAUGCUUUCCACAUCCACAGGCGCAGGAGUAGAAUCAAGUACCAGGAGUGCUUGGGAUGUGUCUCCACUGGUUCCAGAUAAUGCUGUGAAAAUACAUGCAGCUGAAACCAAAGACUUUGUCUUUGCUGAAGAACAUGGGUCUCCAUUUCCCUGUGGCAUGGGUGACCACACCUUGCCAUGCAGAAAAGAGUGCCAGGGCUCAGAGCCCACACCAUUCUCUGCAGAGCAAGAGCAGCAGCACUGUGGUAGCAGCCCAGAGCAGAAGGCACCAUUUGCAGAGCAGCCAUUGCCACUGACAUCUCUUCCUGACGUGUUGACAUCAUUUUCUCAUCGUCAGCACAAAGAUGAAACCACAGCUAAUGGUCCAACAGAGGUGAGCACCAGUCUGCCAGCUUUCCAAAGCACAUACCAUGCAGCGGAGGCAAAAGAUGAAAAAACAUGUCCUGAUUCUGACAGCAGUUUUUCUCCAUGCACAGGCAAAGAGGAAACAGAGAGGCAAAGCCGUCCUUCCUCUCUGAUGUCCCCUGAAAACAGUUUCCAGCCAUUUUUCCCAGAUGUGCAGAGGGGUAAAAAAGCAGAGGACUGUGGAGAUGCUUCCCAUGACAUGGAGACCCAUUUAGGAGGCAGUUCUGAUUGUGGACAGAAAUUUUCCUCAUGUGAAUACAAGCAGAGAAAGGGAGAGCUCUCUCCCUCAUUCAUCAACCCAAGCCCCCAUGAGCUCUCUGACGACAGUGACCUCUCACAGGAGGAGGGUCACCCUUCAGUGCAGGGGAAACCACCCCACACUGGGAGCAGUCCCAUGCAAAGUGCUACAGUGGAGGAAACUCCUCCAACAUCAGUGAGUGAUUCUGGAACCUCCCAGUCAGACUCCGAUGUCCCUCCUGAGACUGAAGAAUGUCCAUCCAUCACAGCAGAUGCCAACAUGGACUCAGAUGAAGAUGCUGAUUUCCUCCCAGUAGACAAAGCUGUGGGGAAUGCUCAUCAUGCCAGUUCUAGGUCCAGCCAUGAUCCUCAGCCUGUUCCAAUGGUAGAUCCCCAUCCCCACCCUCCUCACCCUGAUGUCUGCAUGGUAGACCCUGAUAUAUUGUUAAAUGAGCAAGGUAUGAGCAGAACUGAUAAAAUUUCCAAGAAAGACAUAAAAGAAAAGAACAAAGGUGUGAGGAAGCCUUUGAACAAACCUAAAUCUUCUUCACCUGCCCGGAAAUUAGAUGUGAAAGGGAAACGAUCACCCACGCCUGUGAAACAGUCAUCUGACAAAUCUUCAAAAUCUGUCGCUGCCAAAAAAGAAAGAGAUGGAGGAGAAAAGCCCAAACCACGUGGUGCGCUGAUGCCAGAGGAUGAGUUAUCCAAGAGCAGUCACAGCAACCCUGGCAAGAGCCUUGUUAACGGCAUCAAAACAAAUCCCGCUUCCAAUAGUCCUAAGAGCAGUUUGUCAGUGCCUAUGGGUCCACCUGUCUACGUGGAUUUGGCCUACAUCCCCAACCACUGCAGUGGGAAGAACACAGAUCCAGAGUUCUUCAAGCGGGUUCGAGCAUCUUAUUAUGUUGUGAGUGGGAAUGAUGCAGCCAAUGGAGAGCCAAGCCGUGCAGUGUUGGAUGCGCUUCUGGAAGGGAAGUCUCAGUGGGGAGAGAACCUGCAGGUGACAUUGAUCCCAACACACGAUACUGAGGUAACACGAGAAUGGUAUCAACAAACCCAUGAGAAACAGCAGGAGCUAAACAUCAUGGUACUGGCAAGCAGCAGCACUGUUGUGAUGCAGGAUGAAUCUUUUCCAGCCUGUAAGAUUGAAUUCUAGAUCUCACACAUUUUGUGUUCAUCCAUUGAUUCUUCAGUCACCAAUGCAACAUGAGAGACACCAUCUAAUCACAGUCCAGUUCUUCUCUGGUUUAGUCCUCUACAUGGUUCCCAUUUGUCAGGCAAUCGGGUAUCCAUCUUGCUCAGCACUGGAUGCCAUGAGGAAGAAGUGCAGGGCUCUGUAGUUUUCUGGACUGAGCUGAGAGUUUGUACAAGAGCAGUUGCAGGCCAGGGGCACUUUCACCUUCCCAACUUUAUUCUGCUGCCUGUACAGUUUCUGUAGACUAUCUUGGCUGCCUUGCUGCUGUGAGAGCUUGUUCUACUCUCUUCCUGGCUGCCUUGCCAUUUAACCUGAAGCACUAUGAACCUUGCCUUUCUGGUGAGGGCUGAAGUGCUGCUGCUGCAUGCAAAGUGCAUGGGAGGUGGGGGCAGAGGCGAAAUCCAACUUGCAAAGAAAUUGCACCAGGGAGAUGAGGGAAGAGAAAACCCUCUGAACUGCAAUGUGACAGUGAAGGUCAUUCUUCCAUCUUCCCUCCUGAGCAUACAGGAGGUGUUCUGAGCAAGGGGACCUGUGCUCCAACUAGGCACAACCACCACAUGCCAGCUUGGCAAAUUUCUGUCCCAAGUACUCUCCUGUGGCAUCCUGCAGCACCUGUUUGCUGUGCUCUGGGAGCUGGGAUGAAGGACAUGGCAGUGGGAGAGGAGGGUUCAGCACAUUCCUAAGUUGCUAACUUGAGCUUCACACACACAGCAGCCAACUGACUCCUGCAUUCCAAUUGUGUGGCAGGAGGAGGCACAGAAAGGCUGUGGCCUGAACAGUUACACAAAAAGAGCAUCUAAACGCACAACUACAGCCCCCCUCAACAGCAGAAGGGCUGAAAAAACCUUGGCCAUGCUCGGCCUGGAAUGUACAAGUAACCUCCCUCUUCCUAAGCCAAAGGCUCUGGAGGACUGUGGUGAGGCAGCUGAGGAGCACGCAGGCCAUGCUGGGGGAGGCUGGUGCCCAGCUAGCCUUGCUGUGGUGGGCCAGCUCGCACACAGCAGCCAUCUCCUUGCUGCCUGUGUGCCAGGCUCCAAGCUUUAUAGUUGUAUUCAAGGUUUUUGUUGUCCCCUCAGCUGUCCGGAUGUGGGGAAUACAACUUGCAGUGUGAGGGAAGAGAAGGCCCUUCCCAAAAUAGUCGGGAAACAGUAGUUUAGCAGAUGUAGUCAUUCUCAGUCCCCCAACACUGUGGCAGGGAUGUGCUGGCAGUGUAGGUGAGGUGCUGCUCAUCCAUGUGGUGCCACCUCACAGCUUGUUCCCUGGCCUGAGCAUCACUGUGGGCAUCUGGCCUUGCUCUCUGGAUGCCCUGGCAGAAACACGAAUAUUUGCAGUGAGUGCAUUGUGGCUACUGACUAGCCACGCAGAACCUCUGUGGCACACAGACCUGUUCAGUGUGGGAGACAUGUUCUCCCAGCAGGGAGUGGGCUGUUCAGGUGCACUAAGCCUGCAGCAUCCAUGAGCCUUUGCCACAUCCAAGAGAACUGACGGAGGAUCUUACCACAAAGACAGCAUUUCUGUAAGACAAAGAGAGUGGCAGCAGGCUGUGCUCUGGGAAAGAAGGAAUGAGAUGGAAAGCUGUGUUGCAAUGGUUGUCAGUCAGCUUGUAUUGCCAUCUGCUGUGACACCCACUGUGCUUGGCCCUGAGCAGAGGGCUGACUCCAUGAGCAUCCUCGGACCCUGUGUUGCACUUGCCUGGGACAUUUCAGUCUCAGUGCUAGUUUUCUGGCAUGUGACAUGAAGAAAAUGCUGCUUAGAAACCUGCUCCUAGCACUAAAAUGGAGUUUCUAGGGAAAUGGUCUAUUUUACAUUUUAAUUUAUAUAUUUAUUUUUUUAACGUUAAGCUGCAUUUUGUGUUGAUUUAAUAUUUUAAUUUAUACAUGUUAACCUGAUACCAUGUACUUUAAGUGUCACUUCAGAGGUUUCUCAGUACAAAUACUAACAUGCUGCAAUUUAAACAAAAUGAAAAGACCAUAGAGAACUUGUGGGCAGCAAAAAUGUCUCUGCAAGGUUGUGUCUAAAACCCAGCAGCUGUAGGACAAGGCCUGAGGCCAGCAGCCUCCCCAGGGCACAGCUAGCUCUUUGGCUAUGGCCCUUGUUAGGAGCAUGUGAGCUUACUCAGGGCUUUAGCAAAUCCCUGUCCUGUGCUGUGUUCAUUUUAGCCAUGGAAUCACACUGUGUCUGCCAGCAUAAUAAAUGUGAUUCUCUGAACCCCUAAUAGGGUCAGCAUUCAUGAAUGUUGGUUCUGGCAAUUGCAGGCACUAAAACACCUGCCCCUGCCCCUUCCUAGAAUGCUGGGGGGCUUUGCCUACUGUGCUUUGGGGAGACUCUGGCUCACUCGCCGUGGUGGCAGCUGCAGGAUGCCAGACACCAGAGGCACAAGCAUGGCCCUCACUGGCACCUGGGAUCCCUCUGCGUAGCUAGAUGUAAAAGCUAAUGCACUAACUUUAGAUAGACCCACAUAUGAAUGUUUUCCUUUUAAACUUGAAGCAAUUCUGACUAAGCAGAAGUAAUAGUGAGGCUUUGUGAGGUACCUGCAUCCUCCAGGCAGGAGUGUGGCCACUGGUGGAUUCCAGGAGGAAUACUGCCCUCCAUGCUCUGCUCCUGCCCUCUGCAGCUCUGCUGCUUGGCUACCUUUAUCCUACACCACUUUGCUUCCCUGUCCUCAAGGCUCCACGGGUUUUUUUCAGUUUUUGUCGCAGUCUAUUCUGCCUUGAGCUUCUCUCACUCCCUAUCUCCCUCUCUCCUCCACCCCCUUCCAUGUUAAAAAAACAAUGGGGAAAAAGACUUAGGAAAAAGCUGAUUCGUGGAGUAUGGCCCUGCUCAGGCCACAGGAGCCAGCAGGACCCACCUGGAGCCAGAGGUAAUACAACACUAUAGAGAGAAACAGUUAAACUCUGCUUUCGCUUGUUUCUGCAUGUGGGCAACAACGCGUAAUCCUCCUGUAUGUAAUAGGUAAAAAAUACUAUUUUAAACCUAUAAUUAAAAAAGUGAACGUCUUAAUUGUAUUGAAAUGGCAUCUUGUGCUCCUAGCUUCUAUGCUAAAUGUUUUAAGAAGAGAGCCCUGAUUCUUUUCUUCAGCAUCACAUUUCUAUUUGAAUUUAGUUCCUUGAGUUCUGUCCUUUUGCCCAUUUCCAUGUGAAACACUGUAACUAACUGCUGUCAAGAGAGGAGCCCAACGCAUUAAUAAUAAAGCCACAUUAAUUGCGAACAAGAACA